GAUACCAAGUGGAUUGCGCUUCGUGUUAACCGAAUAUUACUACAACCGCGCCAUAACCUUGGAGAGAGAUUAUGCCAUGUUUUGUCGGAGACAUUCUGUCAAAACAGCGACGCUGAAUACAUGUUACAGACUUAUCACGUUAGAAUGAUUCCUUACAAAAAAGUGACACAUAUGAAAAAUACUCUUAUAAGAAUCAUCAUAAGCGACGCAAUUUCAUCACAGUUAUUUUCUACUCAAUAAAUGGUGCUGACACGGUACUGUCAAAAAAUACCCAAAGAAAUAAUAGUGGCGUCGUUUUAUAUAGAAAAAAUAAACUUUCCUAAUUAAAUCUUGAUGACAUUGAAUUACAAAAAAAGUAACCUUACCUCAGUGGAUGUUGUCGACGCCGGCCUGUGAAAUUCAAAUCUGUUCGUGCCUGUGAAAACAGUGUCGUUUCUUGUAUUGUCGAGUGAACUUGAUUCUGACUGGAAGUGAUAUAUGAGAACUGCCCGUGCUUGACAACAAGAUGGCUAAGCUUACGACGAAUAUGUGACGAAGAAAUGCUAAUGAAAGUGAAGGAGAGUGCGCUAGUGCGAAAAUUGAUUUUACGAGAUUAAAAGGAAGAAAUCAAAUCGUUUCUGGAAUCUAUAGUUUGUUUAUUAGAUCAGUGGCAGCGUCAUGCGCGCCCGCAGAGGAACACAAAUAAUUUUUCUUAGUGAAUAUGUUGUCAUAGAGAUGGCACGUACUGAUGAAGGGCAGGGGAGGGGUGAAGGCAGAGGCAAUGGACACAAGGCAUGCCUUAUUAUCACUAGUUGGAAUUUUUUUAGUCUCCUUAAGUGCUCUUGCAUUUGUUUAUAGAAAUUUUCCACAAUUAGAACAAGAGGAAUAUCAGUACAUAAAGCUUCCAACAGACAUAGAUGACGCUAAGAAUUUAGGGAGAGUAUUAUCCCACUAUAAAGAUCGUUACUACUUGGAGGUGCUAGCAGGAGUAUUUGUUACGUAUAUAUUCUUACAGACAUUUGCAAUACCAGGCUCUAUAUUUCUUUCCAUUCUUUCUGGUUUUCUGUUUCGAUGGGAGAUUGCCUUGCUUCUCAUAUGUUUCUGCUCGGCUACUGGUGCUUCAUUUUGUUACCUACUGUCAUACUUGGCUGGCAGACCUCUUGUCCAGAAGUAUAUCCCAGAAAGGGCAAAAUCAUGGCAGGACAAGGUUGAUAAGCAACGAGACAAUCUGCUCUUUUAUAUCAUAUUCUUGCGAAUCACCCCUUUUCUUCCCAACUGGUUUAUUAACAUAACCAGUCCUGUCAUUAAUGUUCCACUCUGGCCAUUCUGGUUUGGCACCUUCCUAGGUGUUGCUCCACCCAGUAUUCUAGCUGUUCAAGCAGGUACUACAUUGUACCAACUCACUUCUUCCAGAGAUGCCUUUUCAUUUACCUCCCUAGUCCUUUUGGCCUUUGCAGCUUUAUUAUCUUUAGUGCCAAUUCUCUUGAAGAAUCGCUUGCGUGAGAAGUUUGACUAGGGAUGGUUGCCUUCCAUGGGUCAGGUGUGGAAGUGGGAGUCAGAAGAAAAAUCAUUUGAAAGUGAAAAGUCACAAAAGAAUGAGAAAAAAAUUAGGAGAGGAGUUCUUGUCCGUUUCAGUAAUCACCAGGUUACCUCUCAGAUGGCCGGAGAACCCAGCACAGAACCUCAAGAAGGUUGCCCUGUUAUGGCAUCUGGACCUCUCAACAAGUCAGAGAAUGCAACAAGUCCAGGCAUUGAGAUGGUGGUUAUAGUUCACUCAGGACAUUAAUCUCAUUGUUAAUUUUUUUCAGAUGUCUGAACUGCUAGUGGUAACACUUUGAAAUAGAAAAUCUUCACUAUCAUUUAAGUAAAAUUGGAGGUUGUGUACAUUACAUGUAAUAGCUUGUAAAUACUGUUCUGUGUUGUACCUGAUAUGUACAGUAUGUUGUCUAUGACACCACUGAUGUUCAGUAUAUUGAAUGUUGAUUUGUUAAGAAAUAUAAAUGUAUGAAUAAACAAUAUGUGCACGUUUUGCACAAUUCAUCAGAGUUUUGUAGUAUUAAAGUAUUAGUCUCUUGAGAAGAUAAUUAGGAAAACUUGAUUUCAUAAGAAAACAGAGAAUAUCAGCACAGUCUUUUUCAAAAGGCUAAUUUGUUAGAAAAUAUACAUUCCUUUUGGAACUUCCACAACGCGUCCUAUGGUAGGUUCACUUUAGGUAUUUUGUUAUUGUGAAGCAACUGGCACAUUAACUGUACUCUGUAGAGAACAGGAAUGCAAUUGUGAUUUUUAUUACUGAACAUUUAGAAAACCCAUGUAGAUUUUUUAUGUUCUAACUUAAAACCCACAUUUAUACCAAACUUGUUGUGGUAUUGAUGAGUGGCUUCCUUUUAUUGAGUAUAGUGGGUGUACUUGUUUGUGAUUUUUAGGAGGUAUAGAAGCGACUUUUCAUGUAGGCUUACUUUGAUUUUUUUUCAUUUACCUUGUAGGCUAAAUGAGUUCAUGAGUCAGAAGUCUGCCAAGGUAUUGGCAUUCAUAUUUAAUGAAUAUUCUUAAUAUCUCUAAACAUGGUAGUUUUGUCAUGAAGGCAGUUUUAUAGAUCACAUGUAAAUAGGAUCAUUUUGUAAAUGGUUGCUUUUAUGUGCAUCUCCCAGAACUUGAAGAUCUCAACUACUUGAAGUAAAAGAUGUUACAGCAUAAGAAAAGCACAGUGAAUUGUAGUGUACUUGCCAUAUAUACUUGAGUGAUAUGCUGUGUUUCAAUUGCAAGUCUUAUUCAAGCUAUUACUUUAGGCCAGUAAUGUAUGCUAUGUAAUCAUUUAUGACUCAAGCAAAAGAGCUUGUUAGUUUUUGUCAUAUAGGUGAUUUAAAUAGAUCACUGAAAUAAAGAAGCUUAUAGAUAAUAAGAAUGAGGUAAAUUGAAGUAUUUGAAGAAUUCUAAGUUUACAGCAGGAGUAAUGCAUCAUCAUAUCUAUUACAGUAUAUCAUCCCUGAUUAUGAAAAAAUAAAUUUGCUCAUUGAACCAUAGUGGUUAAGUUUCAAUAAUCAACUGCUGUUGCCUACUGACAGGAACUCCUGAAGGCUAGUUUACUAGAUGUACAGCAAGUAAUUUUUGUUGAUUUUCUAGCUUGGGCUAAUAGCCCAUCACACGUGAAGUAAUUAAAUUUAAACGUUGUAAAACAGAAUAUUUUUGGUAUGAUACAAAAUUUAGAGCAGAGAUUUCAAAUUACAUAGAAUGUAUAUGUAUAAUUUAAAAAUGUUCUUAGCUUUUUAUGAAUUUUUUGCUACUAAAUUAUUUUUGGAGUCACAUUUCUUGAUUUUAAUAAAAUCGUAAUUCCUUGAGUAUUCUGCUUUGUACAUUUGCUAUGCUGCAUAUUACACAAAUGUGUGUGGCAGAACCUUGUCUGAGAAUAGGUUUUGUUGUAUCUACUAUGCCUUCAUUUAAGAGAAUUUAAUCUGCUGGCCAGCUAUCAUAAAGGUAAUUAGGACCUAGUGAAAGUAACAUUGUACAUUUUAAGGUAAAAGUGAUAUGAGAUGGAUUUUUCUUGUAUCAUGAAAUAAAUUUUGUCAGAUACAAAUAUCAUUGGCUCGGAACAAUACUUCUUAAGUGCUGGUACUGUACGAGCUUUCAUUAAUGAAGAUAAAUUAUGUACCUGUCAGGGAAGGUUUAACUUUUUGCAAGCAGGUCAGCAAUAGAUUGAUAAAAGACACUUUGUUGUUUCCUAACAUAUGUUGUUGGAUUUAAAUAUGCAUAGAGUAUAAGAUAUCUGAACUUAUACAUUUUUGUCUGUCACAGAAAUAUUAUUUCUCGUUUAGAUUGUAAUUAAAAAUAUCUUGCUUAUCAGCAAUUAUAUUUGUAAUUUGUGUAAUACAUAUUGUGCCCAUAAAUGUGUUUAUGCCUUAACAUCCAAUAGGUAUUGGUGAAGUAUGAGGUCUAUUUAUGGAGUACAAAUAGUAUUUUGUAAGUGCCCAAACGUAACAUAUUUACCACUUGAGCAUUCCUACAUUUAGCCGCACUCCCCUUUACUGCACUUUUUUUUUUUCUUUCCAAGACCCAUCUUUGUUGUGCAAUCAGUAGAGUACUCAAAAACACCUUCUGAUAGCUGAAUUGCUAAUAGUAUUUAAUUUGAAGGCUUCAAUAUCAUAUUACCAUGCUGCUAUUGAAUGAGUUGUAAUGGAGAGUUGGAAAAGCAGAUAAGAAGGGGGGGCCAGGGAGAGAGCUCUUGCUUUCAUCAUCUGCAGCAGUAUUUAGCAUGCCAGCUUUGGAUUACAUCCAGCUAGCUGACUUACUAUUUGUAAAAUGUGAUUAUUAUUCACUUAUUUUGUGCUGUAAUGAUUUUUUUAUACAUAAUUCUUUGAAUCUGUACCAUUUUGUUAUCUCCCUGUUUGCACCUGCUAGCCAGGGGUGAAGCCAGGAUGUUCAGGUAGCUAGUGUUGCUAGAAUAUCCCCAAUCCCAUAUCCACAGUUUGGACAGAUCUGCAUCCGUUUCCUUGGACCUAUUAGUGCGGUUAAAUGGGAAUGCUCUACUGGAAUCUAAGGUGUAAGUGUCUUUGAAUCAUAAAAUUCUUUAAAAUUUUUAAAUGUAGAAAUUAUCUUUAGAUGAAUUUUGUGUGUAUUAGUCUGUUUUGUUUUAUAAAAAUGUUGAAGCUAAAAACUAAAAUUUUAUUGCAUCUCGGUGAACUAAAGUAGUGAAGUUAGCAAAGUGUCAAUGGUUAUUGUUAGCAUUCUCUAAACCUUGGCAUACUGGACAGUAUCUGAGGAAUAGAGCAUGUGAUAUAAUUUGCAAUGACCAAUUAUAGCUGUCUUUUCAUUGAGAUGACUAUUGGGCUUUAGAACACUUGAAAAUUUCAUAUGUAAGUGAUUCAAUAAACAAAAAUAUUCAAACGUUUAGUAAAGUUAUUUGUACAACUAACAUUUUUUAGAUUCCUGCAGGACAACUUAUUUAACAGUGAAGUGAUACAAAGACAGGCAUUUGCAACAGUGAAGUGAUACAAAGACAGGCAUCUUGCUUCUUUUAGCGUGAGUAAUCCAAGAUGAUCUCUCACCAAUGAUUUAAUGUUAGAGGUGUCAUGAAUUGUUGACUAAUUUCCUUUAUAUUACAUUCUUUACUAGGAAACACCAUACAUGUUUUAGUUGUGCAGUUAUUUAAAAUUUAAUACCUAAAACAUUUUAAAGGCUGCAUAUUGAAUAUGCAGUAACUUAGAAUUAAUUAGCUGUGACUAAAUAAAUGUAACAUUUGAAAGGUUC